GUGUGUGAUAACCCCACGUUUUCUUCCGCGCCGCGCACAUAUAGAGCGAGAAAGUAGCGUGGUAGUCAUUUCCAUCCCCAGGUGUGACAGGUAGUGUGCGUCAGGCCCGUGUUACCUGGUGGAUCAGUGGACCAGGAGAAUGCAGCGAUUGAGUGCGGUGGCGGUGGUGGUGGUGGCGGUGGUGGUGCUGGGUGGAGGCGGAGGCAGGGUGGAAGCAGCGCAUCGGUCACUUAGACAACUGUUCCCUCAGUCCUCCCCAGAUUGUAGCAACGGGCUCCAGUGCAUCCCCAUCAGGUCGUGCCCGGUGUUCAUCAGUCUAUUGUCGAAACCCUCGCCCGAGGGAAUCAAGAAGCUGCAGCAGAGUCACUGUGGUUUUGCUGACGACGGGAGUCCUUUAACUUGCUGCCCAGAUGGUGACUCCGGGAAACCCACAGAAACAGGCGGUGACUUCAGACCAACCGUGAGCCCUAGCAGACCAAUACAGACGACUCCUAGCCCGCCCAUUCCCGCACCUACACGCCCGCUCACUAGGCCGACCACGCAAGCACCGACAUCUGGUGGUGAGGGUCUGUUGCCGAAGCAGUGUGGGUUGUCCUCCGCUGGUCAGACGAGGAUAUUCUUCGGUGAGGACAGCCCACUAGGAGCGUACCCUUGGAUCGCCCUGCUUGGAUACACCUCGCGGUUCCAGCCUCAGGUGGUGUGGGGCUGCGGCGGGUCCCUCAUCAACUCCCGCUACGUGGUGACUGCCGGCCACUGCACUGCUGAGGAGUUCACGUUCAAUAGAGAUCUGACUGUGAUUCGCCUGGGAGAGCACAACUUAUCCACGGAGAUCGACUGUGAGAGCAGAGGUGGGAGGAGGACCUGCGCGCCGCCCCACCAGACCUUUUCACCCGUUGAGAUCAUCCGCCACUCAGAUUUCAACACCCGAGGGACAGUGAGCGACGAUAUUGCGCUGAUAAGGCUCGAUAAGGAGGUUGAGUUUAAUGCCUUCGUGGGACCCAUCUGCCUCCCGCCGCCCACCACGGACCUCACCAGCUUCCUCGGGGGUCGCCAGGCCUUCGUUGCCGGCUGGGGCGCCACCGAGAGGGGCCCAGACACUCAGAUUCUGCAGCAGGUCCGCAUUCCCUUCGUCACUAGAGAUGAAUGCAACCCUCACUACAACAACGCCCUUCUGCCUGAACAGGUGUGUUUCGGGGGCGACGGGCGACAAGACUCUUGCUUCGGUGACUCAGGGGGUCCCGUGGUGGCACCUGCACCUGGGGGAGGGCCCUUCCUGCUGCUCGCUCUGGUGUCGUUUGGCCAGCCCUCUUGUGGCGUGGAGGGGGUGCCCGCUGUCUACACCUCCACGGCUGCCUACAGGAGUUGGAUUCUGGAGAACAUAAAGCCUUAAAAAAUCUGCUCUCUCUCUCUCUCUCUCUCUCUCUCUCUCUCUCUCUCUCUCUCUCUCUCUGACCUUGCCAAGAUCGAACGUUCCGCCCGCCCCCCUUCCUAUCACCUCCCGCCCCCCACGCAUCCACCCAGAGGAAAGUCCCACGGUGGAAUGACACGGUGGAGGAAGUGACGUCACGGUGGUGGAGGUGGUGGUGGUGGUGGUGAUGGUGAUGGUCCGGUGGCUGUGUUGCUUUUGGAUUGUUGUAGUUAGUUUGUUUGUUUGUUAGUUUGUUAGUAUUAUUAUGUUUGUUCUUCUUCUUCUUCUUCUUCUUCUUCUUUUUAUUAUUAUUAUUAAUAUUAUUAUUAUUAUUAUUAUUAUUAUUAUUAUUAUUAUUAUUAUUAUUAUUAUUAUUUUGAAGGUUUGUUUUGGUUUGUUUUAGUGUGUGUGUGUGUGUGUGUGUGUGUGUGUGUGUGUGUGUGUGCGAGAGAGAGAGAGAGAGAGAGAGAGAGAGAGAGAGAGAGAGAGAGAGAGAGAGAGAGAGAGAGAGAGAGAGAGAGA